GAUUUUCUCUUUUAUACAAUAAACAAUAUUCUUCUGAUUUGGUGUCGAGAUGGUUGUAAGUUGCCUUCUUCAACAUCUCAAGCCUCAUCUAUUGCUUCUCGAGCAAUGAAUUACAAGACACCAGCAAUGUCUGAUACAAUGGUAUUAAUGGACAAGAAGCUCACAACUUCGCGCACUAAUAUCUUCAGUCGCAGCUGGCAUCUGGUUUGCAAUUAACUUGAUACAUAGAUGAUGAUUGCUUCAAGCAGCGCACACUUCGGCAACACUACCCUGCUAUCUAUUGCACCGGAAGCAGGAGUCUUCUCAUUCAUACAGAUUCUAUACACAUUUCCCGCACCCAAGGCACAGCAACGAUAUUCACAGGUUCAUUUGAGUCUUCGACUUUGAAUGCUUGACAUGUUGGUGUAACCGGGCUUGGAUAAUACUCGUAGGUAAGUUUGGAUCAAGGUAGGUCCUAUGGUUAUCAGCAUUAUGGAACGAUGAAAUGCCUCCAGCGGCAGGUUUUAUACAUUAUCAGAUAGUGACAAUUUAAAUUAUUUACCA